AUGAUCUACCUGGGCAGUCUCGGCACAGUCCUGUCGGCCAUGAUGAUCUCUCUCUGCGAAGAAUUCUGGGAGUUUAUGUUGGUGCAGGGUCUCUUGUUCGGCAUGUCUAUGACACUGGCGUACACCCCCGUCCUGGGGGUCAUUGGCCAAUACUUCAAGCGUAGACGCGCUGCAGCGAUGGGCAUCGUCAUCUCCGGCUCGUCAUUGGGGGGAGUCAUAUGGCCAAUAAUGCUUCAAAAGCUCCUCUAUAACCCCAAAAUCGGGUUUGCAUGGACCUUGCGGAUUGUAGGCUUCAUGAUGCUACCGCUUCUCGCCAUGACUUGCCUCUUAGUGAAGCCACCAGUCCCAAAUUCAACGGCCAUAAUAGAUCAGACGACGGAAAGGGAAAAGGCAGGGGAAAUGCCAGAAAGGCCGGUUCUCAAGCUGAGAGUCGGAUUCGGACAACUAAAAAAUCCCACGACCCUGCUGACCUGCUCUGCAUUCUUCUUUAUAUAUUUCGGUAUUUUCACGCCGCUGUUCUUCACAGCUUCCUUCGCCCAAGCGAAGAGAUUCUCGGAAGAUCUCUCCUUCUACACCAUCUCCAUCAUGAAUGCGGCCUCGUUGAUUGGGAGAAUCCUGCCGGGCUUUUUCGCAGACAGCUAUGGACGAUUCAACACGUGCGUCCUUAUGACCCUCUUUUCAGGGAUUAUUGCCCUUUGCUGGAGUACAGUUCAGUCAGUCGCAGGCCUGGUGCUCUUCUCACUGGCUUACGGCUUCUCAUCUGGGGCUAUUAUGUCACUUCAGCAAGCAUGUGCUGCACAGAUUUCCACACCCCAAACUCUCGGUAUGACGAUCGGCACUGUCAUGGCCUCUGCAUCACUGUCUGGCCUAGCAGGUAUUCCGAUCAGCGGCCAGCUGGCUGGCAAAUAUGGGUAUUUGUCCUUGUCGAUAUACGCUGGUGUGAGUCUCAUUAUCGGUGGCACGCUCCUCGCCGCUGCCCGUUUCAAACAAGAGAAAUCGCUUUGGGCAGUUAUUUGA